GUGUGUGUGCCUGAGUUGCAACUUCAAACGGUCUGUCUGUCUGUCUGUCUGUCAGCCUGGCAAAGGUGCAACUGAACGGUGAAGUCCAUUAUACUGUCCAGUGCCCUUGGAACGAUAAGCAAGCACAGAUCGGCAGGAAGAUCAGGCAAGAAGAAAUUUCCAUUUGUAUAUGUACGAAAAAGAAAAAGGAAAAAAUGGGGGUCAGCAAUCCAGUCAAGUAUGUCUUGCGCCUGUCCCUGUUCACCAACAAGCGAACCGAGCAACAACAACAACAUCGACAACACCACUCCUCCUCCCCCAUCUCCCCCAUCUCCCCCUCCACUACCUGGAAAGGGAAAGAAAUCGACUCUGACCCGCCCAUUGAAGUUCGCUGGGGUGCAGUACAGUACCCAGAUGACUAUGCAGCAUUGACCGAUGUCCAUGCCCACAUGGCGGUGAGCGCAAUUGACUCGGAUCUGGGCAGCAGCAGCAGCAGUAGCCGCAGCAGAAGCAGCGGUAGCAGUAGCCGGACGGGGCUGGUGCGCGUCGUGAGCUGGGCCAGUCUUGCUGGGGAUAGAUGUCGGUGGACGAUGGAACAAGAACGGAGAUUAGCGAUUGCGAGAAGUGAACUGGCUCGAUGUCAGAAAGCUUGGAGUUCGGAGCAGGAGUUGUGGUUAGCUCAAAUCGAAAAGUUGCACGAGGAGAAAGAAGCCCACGAACAUUUCAUUCACCACCGAGCAAAACAACAGGACGAAGAGCAGCAGCAUUUUCGCAAAUCCUGGAUUCGACGAAAGUCUUACGAAGAGCAACAGCAGCAGCUCGUCCCUACUACGCAAAGGACUAAUAGUCGAUUGCGGCGGAUACGGCGCAUAGGAUCAUAGUAUCUAUGUCCGGGUUGUCGGAAGUAUAGUGUCUUUUUAGGCAAAAAGUGCUUUUUUGUUGAUCGAUCCUUUUCUCACUAGUCAGGGUUAGGUGUUUAACAUCACUUUUACGACUUCGCUUGUGUGUGUGUCCAUCUAA